UUAGUGGCGCGUGGAAUUCAAGAGCGAAUGGAAUUUUUAAGCGACAUGGAAUGCCUUGGAAUGGGUAAAAAGUACCGUCCUAUGAUACAACAAGAAAUCGCUGGUAAAUUGCGAUUAAUCGAAUCGGUGGAUAAGCAAAAGUCCAAAGAGAUUCGAAAAGAGAUCAGGGAUCUAGAGAGACCAGUGCCGAAACCAUUCCCUUUAGGACAACUCGAUGAUAACUAACAAUUUUUCUAACUUACGAACUCACUUAAGUAAUUUAUAUUUUGUACGAAUUUUGU